CAAGAUGAACCAAGCAGGAGCUCAGAAGGCCCAGAAGGGCACCCUCACCCUCCUCUUGGCCUGGCCCCCCAGCCGCUGGAGAAGACCCCCCUCACGUGCCCUGAGUGCAAUAAGAGCUUCAGGAGUCGGAGUGCACUGACCGCCCACAAGAAGAUCCACACGGGUGAGCGCCCCUUCACCUGCACCGACUGCAGUAAGAGCUUCAGCCGGAAGAGCAACCUGACCAGACACGAACGCAUCCACACGGGUGAGCGCCCCUUUGUCUGCCUGGAGUGUGGCAAGGGCUUCAGACAGAAGCAAAUCCUGAUCCACCACCAGCGCAUCCACACGGGCGAGCGCCCCUUUGCCUGCACCAACUGCAGCAAGAGCUUCAGAGAGAAGAGCAGCCUGAUGAGCCACCAGCGCAUGCACUCUGGUGAGCGCCCCUUUGCCUGUACCAGCUGCGGCAAGAGGUUCAGAUAUGGGAGCAGCCUGACCGCCCACCAGCACAUCCACACGGGUGAGCGCCCAUUUCACUGUGCUGACUGUGGCAAAAGCUACAGCCUGAAGCAUCACCUGAUCAGCCACCAGCGCAUCCACACCGGCGAGCGCCCCUUCACCUGCACCGAGUGCAGCAAGAGCUUCAGCCAGAAGAGUGUGCUCAUAGCCCACCAACGCAUCCACAGUGGUGAGAAGCCGUACAACUGUGAGGUGUGCAACAAGACUUUCAGGAAGAAGUGUGUCCUGAAGAAACACCAGCGGGUGCAUUGAUCCCUGCGGGUGGUGCCAGAGGGUGACAGGUGGGAAGGUGCAUGUCCUUCCCUGUAGGGGAGCAGAUCGAGGCCAACUCCUUCCCGGGAGGCGGCUGCAAGAAGCGGUUUCGGGCCAAGGGGACCAUGCUGGCUCACCAGCGCAUCCACAGCACCCUCUGUCUGCUGACACCUCCACUCCUGUGUCCCCCGAAACUGCUGCGGAGGGUCCUGCAGGGUACUCGGGGCUCUGCUGCAGGGGUGGCUGUGGGGGACACCCUGUGGGAAUAAAACUAUAGAAUUGUUAUAAUAA